AUGGCUCCUACGCCGGGACCCUCGUCGAAGAAACGUCCUCUACCCCGAGCUCGACACGCAUGCCUAAGAUGUCGGAAGCAGAAGUUGCGAUGCGAUGACACCAGACCCUGUGCCUUGUGCUUGCGUGUUGGCAUCGAAUGCAGGGAGCGUCCUGAAAACAGGGGAUUGGUGAAGCCUUCUGCGGAACUCUUGGACAACAACGACACGUCCAACGUCGGUCAAUUUGAUGAUGGCCAGCAACCUUCGCUGUCACCACGAACCUCAAUCUCGCUUGGCCGUCUGCAGAGCCCUUCGUCCGCCCUGUCCCAUAGAAACCUACCUCCGUCAUCCACACGCAGCCCGCAAGAGGCUAGGAGGCGAACCUCAGAGGUAUAUGGAGAAAGAACAUCUACUUAUGAAGUUGUGGACCAGCUUUUCAGAGAGCACAAUUCGGCGGCAAGACUAUUCCAUUCGACUGACGCGAUUCCGGGCAGCAGCCCUGAUGUGAGGUCUUCUGAAGCCAGCGGACAGUAUCUUUCCAUAUGUGAUCUGCUUGAUAUGGAAUUACCGGCCUCCGACGUAAUUGACUACGCUUUGGAAAGCUACUCAUAUUCUGUGCAUUGGUUCAUGUUAUUGUUCCACGAACCGUCCCUGAGGAUUGAACUCCAGGGGCUUACCACAACGGGCUUUGUCCGCGCAGAUCGAAUAUCUUUUUUGAUUCUCGUUGCGCUGGUCAUUGGCAUCGGUGCAAAGUACUCCACCAAAUCCGAGGCUGAAGGGAUAUUUCCAGGGAUUGAUAUGGACAGCCUUGGAAACAAGCUCAUCCGCAAAGCUGAAGAACGACUACUUGAUGUCUUCGAUCAAGCUAACAUCGAGGCGGUUCAAAUCUCGAUCAUUCUUUCCGCAUACUAUGCUUACCAUAGCAGACCAAAUCGCAGCUUUGCAUUGAUGGGAAGUGCACUCAAAGUGGCUCAAGCUUUGGGACUGCAACAAGAAUCCCAUUGGAAAAUGGAUGACCCCAUUUUGCGAGAGGUGUGGCGGCGCCUGGGCUGGGCCAUCUAUACGGCGGAAGUAUUUAGUGCCAUCACCUUUGGAACUCCCUGCAACGUGCAUGACAGUGACUGGGACGUCUCAUUCCCCGGAAACAUCGAUGACACCUCAACAACUUGCCCAGGCUUUGAAUCCGUAGAAAGCUAUGAGGACGAAACAUUCGGACCGGUCACCAUAGCAUCAUACCAGAGAUACAAAUUUCGACUCUAUCGAAUUGCUUCUACCAUCACUCGGAAUAUCUAUCUUCGGAGUGGGGCAACUCUUCCUGAAGUUGUCGGGGAGAUCAAAGCAAUCAAUCAACGCCUACUCCAAUGGGAAAAGUGUAUACCACGAGAAUUGCGACUGAAAUACUUGAAAUAUAACAGGACAGACAAGACAAGUAUGAGGACCAUCAGAACCUUCCAGCUUCAGGCCCUGGCCCUCCAACUUUCCUAUGACAAUAUUCAACUGGUGCUCCACAGGCCCUUGCUGACAAUAAACCGUGUGCCUCGAUGGCCUCGCGCAGGACCGGAAGCAGGUGGUGAUUCAGAGCAAAUGAUGAUGCACGCUGUCAAUGAUGCGGUUGACCCGAUGAUGAUCAGGACAAGCAAGUAUCAAUGCUGGGUUUCUUCGAUGAGGACCUCAAAGAUUGGCGAACACUCUGAGAUCCUCGCCGCAUCCCAAAACACCCAUGGGGCUGCUUAUGCUGGGAUCCAGUCUUUCACCGCUGGUGUUGUUCUGGGUAUCUUCGCGCUUUCGGACCCCCUAUCAGAUCAGGCUCACCAAGCAAAACGCGCUGUGAGCAGAAUUAUCAAGCUUCCUCGGCUUCACCGGUUCCGCACGACGGUAUCUGACCAGUGUGGUGCUAUCCUGGAAGAGCUUGUUAGGUUGGUCCUCGCGGAGGAGAUGAAAGCCUUGUUGACCGAGGCAGAGUCGUCUGGCCAGGAUUCCGUAGAAGACGUUGAACGCCCUUCCGUGGAUCAACUUUCUCCCGUUGCAGAAUCUUGUGACAAGCAGUCGACUGUUGACGGAAAUAACGUGCUGGUGCAGGGCACGAAGCUCUUUAGUGGGAGUAGCACAGACAACCCUGAGUUGUUUUCCCACCACAAUGUCGAGCUGCCUCGAGACAUCGCAUCUGGCAACUUCAGUGACGCUCUUGUUUCUCUCCAAGAUGGUUUGGUACCCUAA